CCGGCGGUGGUUGUGUCGCCAUAGCAACGUUGAAAGGAAACAAACGGCGGCGUCACAGCGGCACCGCUUUUCUGAAAAUCUUCAUCACCACAGUAUUUAACAUUAUUAUUUUCUGUCGGUAUCUUUUUACACAACUUACUCUGAAUAUGGAAGAAGUUGAUAAGGAUCCAGAGGAGGGGGCUGAAGCCUCUGUGUUGUCCGAAAACCAGGAAGCGAAGAACGGGGUCUCCACACAAGAGGCUGACGUGGGCCCCGGGGCGGAGCUCAGUGAGGGGGCCAUGGGCGGAGAACAAGAAGAGCAGGUCCCUCACAGGAUAAGCAGCCUGCAGAGGUAUCUGACAACACCAGUGACCAACAUCCAAACUGCUGCUGAUGCCAGAGAGUCGAUGCGAAGGAAGGAGCUGGAGCAAGCUCGCAAAGUCAGACUGGAGUGGCUGGAAAACGAUGUGAGGUCCAGCCAGGAAAAAUUCGAGGAGAUCACCAAGGGGUGGUCGAUGGCCAAGGACAAGGUGACCCCCCGGGAGCUGCAGGAGGCUCUGAGCGGCCAGCAGCAGCUGUGUGCUCUGCUGGUGGAGAACAAGAAGAAACUCAUCAAUGACCUGCAACAGGAACUGAAGGUCGGAGACGAUCGCUACGUGAAGGACCUGAGGAAGCAGGUGGAGGAGCUGGACCUGAUGAUGGAGAGGAUGGAGGACCAGGUCAAAACCUUGACCAAAGCCUACAGGGAGGAGCUGGCGCAGCUUGAGAGAGUUUAUCAGCAGGAAAAUAAAGUCUUGCUCAUAACAGACAAGAAAGAACGGCACCAACUCUUGAAGAAACUCUGGGACGAAGAGCUGGAGAGGCUGGCUCAGAGGAAGAAGAAAGUAGAGGAGUACGAAGCGAAAAUCCACAGUCUGAUGUUGGAGACCAUCGACAAGCAGAGCGUCAUCAAGACUGAAGAGACUUCAAAUUUUCAGGUGCUGGAGAGAGAACAGCAACAGAUGCAGGGCACCAACAUGAUCAUGAGGCUGAAACAAAUAAAGGAAAGGGACGAUGUAGAAACACACAAGUUCAACCUGGCCAAUAUGAAGAGCAGGAUCAUCAGUCUGCAAGCCGAGAAGAAGAACCUGGUCACCAACUACAUGAGUCAGGUGAAGCAGUUCAGGACUAAGAGCCGACAUUUGUCCAAAGAUCACAAACGUAACAUCCAGCAGUAUGAACGUAUACAGAAGACGAAGAAGCACUUUGCGGUCGCGGACGCUCGGAGAUUUGACGAGAUGUGGCUGACGCUCGAAGAGGAGGUGAGGCAGCUGGUUGAGAGGGCUUUAGUGAUCGAUCAGCGGAUUUGCGAGCGGCACCUCGGCUUAGCCUGGGAGCGACCCGCGCUGCCCUCCAGCCCCUUCCAGCCCAAGAAGCCGGCCCGCACGCCGGACCCCCAGCCUGUCUCCCAGCUGAUCCACACUGAACAGUCGUCACAGUGCAGCCAGGGGACGACGACGGACGCCUCGGGCGGGCCGGGCUCGCAGGCCGAGGGCGUAGAUGCAGACGCGUGCGGGGAGCAGACGGCGGCGCAAAGCGAGAGCGAUGCUUGGGAGUCGGAGGAAGCGAGGCUGUCGACUGAGAUGAAAGUGAUGGAGCUGCUGUGUGACGAAACGGGCUUCCUGAUGGAGGAUCAGCUGCUAAAGAUGCUGGCUCCCCUGGAGAAGCAAGGACCGACAUCUGUGAAGCUGGGCUCUCUUCUGAGUUCCCUCGGCGUGGAAGAGGAGGAUCUGCCCAAGUUGGCUGAUUUCCUCUUAACGUACCAGCAGCAGCAGACAAAGGUGAGCAGUGCGGCAGAGAGAGUUUCCAUUCGGACGUCCACUUUUGACCAGGCAGCAGCGGUGGAAACCAACUCUGACCUCAUCCAUCCUAACCAUGUCCUGCCUGCUCUGAAAAGUUUCCUCAAGCAGCACAUGAAGUCCAGGGAGAGCUCAGGCCCCCAACAGUCCAGUGUUCCACCAACAGAGGCCCGGGACAGUUCAACGGACGGAGCCUACUGGGAACGUAUGGGCAAUGUCAUCCCUGAGGAAAAAGUCAAACUGUGGGAGGCGGCACGAAACUUGCUAGAGCAGCACCUUGAGGUCCUCCAAGAGAUCUCCGAGCUCGUCCCUGAGACUGACCGUCUGGAGCAGCAGAACGCAGAGCUGCGGAUGUUGCUGCAACAAUCUCUCAACCAAUAAGUCAGAAGUGGAGAUGCAACAAUCUAAACAGAAUCAGCAGAACAGGAACAUGUAUGGGCAUGAUCAUGAAGUCAUUAUUUUGUAUUUGUUAAAUCAUGUUGUGGUAGCAGUAGUAGCAUUUUUCAGCCCUUGAUCCAAGAAAAACAAGAAAUCCAGCACAUGAAUUGGUACAGAAAAAAAUAAAUGGCUCAAUUUUCUUUGAAGAGAAUUAGUGUGUGCACAAGUUGAAAUAGUUUGAAUGGAAGCACUGACAGAAUUUGAAGAGAAAGUGCUGAGAGGACUUGAAAAUCAUGGAUUGAGCCGAAAUAAAAGCUAACGUGUUGUAAGUGAA